ACGGAGGAGAGCAGCGCGAGCCCGAAUUGUCCGUUAGAGCACAAAGGCCCGAGCGACAAUUUCAAAAAAAUUCCAAAAACUUAAAAAUAUAAAACGGCCGUUAAAAAUAACGGACAACCGACGAUUUAAAGCGCUGCCGUUACUGAAGUGAAGCGCGAGGAGGGAAGAUGAGCGAGAAAACGGAGUUUUAUCAUUCGGGAGGCGGAGAGAAGUCGGAGAGAGGUGUUUAUUUUAUUCGUCGGGCUGUAUAGUUUAAGCGGAGAGAGUUUUCCGCCUGUAAAUUCGACACGAAUACGGUUUAAAUAGGCGAAUGUAAAUAUUCGAAUCGAAGGAGGGGUGUCGACUCCGCUGUUUUCGUGGUUUGUUGUUUUUGUUGUUGUCUUUGGAGGAUCUGUCUAAACAGCAUCGGUUAGCAUUAACGUUAACCUAGCUCGGAUACGGGGAACGGGAACGGGAGCUGCGUUUUAUCCGUGAGAUGUCAUUCACCAUGGAGGAUUCUUUAGAGUCCGGUUGGGUUUCGGUUCGGCCCAAUGUUUUCGACGAGAAGGAGAAGCACAAGUUCGUAUUUAUCGUGGCCUGGAACGACGUGGAGGGUAAGUUCGCCAUAACGUGCCACGACCGGACGGUGCAGAAGCGCACCGCGCUCCGGGACUCGCUGGCGGAGGCAGCCGAGGAAGGUGAGCUUGCCCCGGCUGCCGCGGAGGAAGCGAGCCGGCGCUCGUCGCUCCGGAGCCCGGUGAAGGAGAGGCCUGUGAAGAGCCCGGUGAAGGAGAAGGUGGAGAGCAGGCCAUCGAACGUUAAAAGUCCCAGUAAAGUGGUGGUGGGCGCUGGGACUCGGGGGACUGGUGGUACUGGGGACUCUGGAGCUGUAGACUCGGGGACAGGAGAUGUGGAAGUGGUGGAACCGGUCAGUGGAGCUUCUCCAGCCCCAGACACCGACCCCGAGGACUCGGACGCGGGCCUCCGGGAAGACUUCAGCUGGGCCGGGCUGUUCUCCUUCCAGGACGUCCGGGCCGCCCACCUGCAGCUCUGCGCCGUCAACUCGGACCUGGAUCCGUGCCUGCCCGCCUUCCCCGAGGAGCCCUCCGCCGUGUGGUCCGUGAUCUUCGGCCACCCCCAGCUCACGCAGCGGGAGAUGGAGGCUCUGUGCUACCAGCUCCAGGUGUACCUGGGCCACGCGCUGGACACGUGCGGCUGGAAGAUCCUCUCUCAGGUGCUGUUCGCUGAUGGGGAUGACUCGGAGGAAUAUUACGAGAGUCUGAGCGAGCUGAGGCAGAAAGGGUACGAGGACGCGCUUCAGAGAGCCAAGAAGAGACUGCAAGAGCUGUUGGAGAAGCAGCGUGGGAUGGAGAGCAUGGUGGAGCUGCUGCAGCUGUAUUCAGUGCAGGACGAGGCGUACGGAGACCUGGUGGAGGCCACCACUGAGCUGUACCACUACCUGCUGCAGCCUUUCAGAGACAUGAGGGAGCUGGCCAUGCUGCGCAGACAACAGAUAAAGAUUUCUCUGGAGACGGAGUAUCUGGGGCCGAGGCGAGUGGACGCACUGAGACGUGAGGAUGAGGACUGGCAGAGGAAGGCCCACACCGCUGUUCUCUCCAUCCAGGACCUCACCGUCAAGUAUUUUGAGACCACAGCGCGGGCACAGAAAGUGAUGUAUGAGCGCAUGCGUGCAGAUCAGAGGAAGUUUGGUAAAGCUGCGUGGGGAGCUGCAGUGGAACGCAUGGAGAAAUUGCAAUACGCCGUUUCCAAGGAAACGCUGCAGCUGAUGCGCGCCAAAGAGAUCUGUCUGGAACAGAGAAAACACGGCCUGAGAGAGGAGAUGCAGGGUCUGCAGGGAGGCGAGGAUGCGAUGGCACGUUUGGACCAGUUGGAGGCGCUGUACUAUGAGCUGCAGCUGCAGCUGUAUGAGAUCCAGUUUGAGAUCCUGAAGUAUGAGGAGCUGCUGCUGACGGCUCAGCUGCAGAGUCUGCGCAGACAGAUGACGGUACUGUUGAUGUGUGGGGCAGCCAUCUUGGAUUCUGAUCUCUGGAACGAGAGGCAGGACGAGGUGGUUUAUUACGACACGUACGAGAGUCCUGAUGCCAUGCAAGCCACCGACGACUCCUCAGCAACCAUCCAGCCUCUCCGAGACGAUCUGACCGUGCUGCAGCAGAGGACGCGGCAGCUGGAGGCCAGGAGGGGACGCAUUACCGCCAAGAAAGCCUACCUCAAAAACAAAAAGGAAAUCUGCAUCGUCAAUCACACCCAGAAACUGCAGCAGAGGCAGAGCAGCCAGGGCUUCGACUCCCAGCAAGCAUUGCGGCAGCAGGAUGAAGAGGAGGAGGAGGAGGUGAGGAAUACCCGGGUCAGUCAAGAGAGACAGAAAACCCUCGACAGACUGCGCAGCUUUAAACAGCGCUACCCAGGCCAAGUCACCCUGAAGUCCACGCGGCUUCGGCUAGCGUACGCCAGGAAGAAGAAUGGCUCGGCUUUGCCCCCUACACCUGUGAAAGUGGACCAGCCCCAGACUCAGGUGGCCAGUGUUCAGACAGAAGAUGCUCCGGCUCCUCUGGUACAUUCCACAGAUCUGCCCCGACCCGAGGGCUUCUUAUCUUUACCCCCAGCCGUCGCCCCCGUCCCCGAGACCCUGGGGCCGUGCUCCUUACCCCCGGCUCGAGAGCUGACCCUGCUGGACUCCUCCACCUCCCCCAUCUCUCCUCCGCCUCCUCCUCCACCCCCACCUCCCCCACCACCUCCUCCCUCUCUGGAGGACUCGUCCGUGGAGGGGCAGGGGCAGGCGGGCAGUCCGGUGCGCCAACCCAAAGCGGAGAGCCCCCUCGGCCCGUUCUCCGCCCGAUUCUUCGACAGCAGCCAGCUGGUAAACGCCCGGAAAAAACUGAGGAAGACCGCGUCGCUCGAGUCGUCCCAGUGGAGGAGAGGUGAGGCGAGCUCUCCGAUGGACGAGGUUCUGGCGAGUCUGAAGCGAGGAAGCUUCCACCUGCGUAAAGCCGAGCUGCGCAUCCUCGCCCCCGACCCGGACGAGGACGACGGGAACAACAUCCUGGCUCAGAUCAGGAAAGGCGUGAAGCUGAGGAAGGUGCGGCGGCAGGAGCAGCGCGGGGCGAGGGGCGGCCUGUCGGACUCCAGCGACCCGCUCACCCGGAGCAUCCACGAAGCCCUGCGCCGCAUCAAAGAGGCUUCGCCCGAGUCCGAGUCUGAGGACGAGGGGCUGCCCUGCACUGACUGGGAGAGCUAGAUCACUUAGAGCAUAUACUGACGAGCACACACACACACACACACACACACACACACUGCAUCCAUGUGUACACACUCACACUGAUCAAGCAUAGUUUUAUGACCACAAAUUUGUUUCUAAACUCCAAAUAACCUGGAAAAAAUGAAGAGAGCACUUCAGUUUCUGAAUCAGUUUCUCUGAUUUUGCUAUUUAUAGGUUUAUGUUUGAGUAAAAUGAACAUUGUUGUUUUAUUCUAUAAACUACAGACAACAUUUCUCCCAAAUUACAAAUAAAAAUAUUCUCAUUUAGAGCAUUUAUUUACAGAAAAUGAGAAAUGACUGAAACAACAAAAAAGAUGCAGAGCUUUUAGACUUUCAAUAAUGCAAAGAAAACAACAAGUUCAUAUUCAUAAAGUUUUAUGAGUUUUAAUCACAGGUUUAAUUUUAAUGUAUCUUGGCAUCAUGUUCUCCUCCACCAGUCUUACACACUGCUUUUGGAUAACUUAAUGCUGCUUUACUCCUGGUGCAAAAAAUUAAGCAGUUCAGUUUGGUGGUUUGAUGGUUUGUGAUCAUCCAUCUUCCUCUUGAUUAUAUUCCAGAGGUUUUAAAUUUUUCUAAAAUCAAAGAAAUUCAUCAUUUUUAAUAAGUGAUCUCUUAUUUUUUAUAGCUGUAUAAAUCAGUGGAUCUGAUAAUUGGAGAUUGUGUGUAGAAACAAGGAUUUGGUUAUAAUGCUUAAUGCUUGAUGUUAGAUCAGUGUACACACACACACACACACACACACUAUAAAAACACGCAAAAUUACCAGAUCACACAAAUAAAAAAAAACAAAAAACAACGAAUCCUGAAAGAGUUUGACCUGCUUGGUUUUACACACACUCUGUUCACUCAGCACAGUCUCAGCUCUGAUGUGAAGGAAGAAUAAAGGUUCAGUACAUCGUUUGGAAGCCGUUUACUUUAGGGUGUUGGGUAUGUCUUUACCUCAACGUGAAGCUCGACAUCUGCUUUUCUGUUAUUUAAAAAAUCACCCAAACACCCCCACACACCCCAGCUCAGCCUACUGACCCCACACACACACACACACACACACACACUCGCUGUAUCAAGAUUCCAGAACAAAAGUCCUGUUCCUUUUCUCACUCUGAGUCCAUCCUCCGUCAGUCCAGCCGCCGGUUCUGAAGAGUUGAUCUGUUUUAAAUGUUCGUUUCCUCGUUUCUGUAGAAUCAUGAAACGAUGCUUUUUCUCAAAUAUUCUAAAUUAACAUCACGAAUUUAGACUUAUAGCAGCAUCUGUUGCAGAACUUCUCAACCCUGCUUUUGGAGGCCCACUGCUCUGCUCUAACCUGAUCCAAACAAUCAGCUCUUUAACGGCCCAUUCGUCUUAUUAUCUCAUUAUUAUUAUAUUUUAUCUUAUUAUUAUUAUUUAAUAAAUUAGAUUAUUUUACCCAAUUUUCACCACAAUGUGGCAAGGACUAUGAGAAAUGUAUUACAUUUCAGUUUAGCUUCAAUAUUUAUUAAUGUAAUUCAUAAAUUUGAAUUGAAGCUCUAACUUUUUAUCAGCUGCAUUUUGUGUAUUUUAAUUCACAAAUACCUGACUUUAGAAACGUAUUUAAUAACAUAAUUAAUAAAAAAAAUAUGUUUAAAAAUAACCUAAGAUUCUCAGAUUUUUCAAAUUUGGAUCCAUACAUUUUUUUUAGAUCCAUUAGUUUAAAUCUAUCUACUAUAUGUUUGACGUCUGGCCUAAAUUCGUAUUUCUAAUGGUUAAUUUAAAUAUAUGUUACAUUUAUAUAUUUUUUUUAUCUUAAAAUUGAUUUAUCUCAUUUUUUUAUAUAUUUAUUUUAAAUGUAUUUUUUUUUUCAAAGCUAGUUUCACCAUCUCACAAGUUCAAAACAUAAAAAAAGCUUUGUUAAAAUUCAGAUUUUGGCUGCUGAUGUUUUGAUAGCGAAAAAAACAGCCCGUUAUAGAUUUGAAGUGAGUGUGUUUAUUAAUGCUAAAAAAGCAGGAAAGCACUAAAAUGUGCAGAGCAGUGGAUCUCAUGAAACAGGUUUGAGAAACAUUUUAAACAUCAGAUCUGUAGACUUUUUAAAGGCGUUACAGACGAGUUUCUCCAUAAGAUCAGUUCAGACAGAUGAUUUAGUGCUUCAUGAUUAUAAUUCCCUGUGCUUCAGACUCCGCCUCCCAGCUGGAACCUGUGUUUAGUGGUUUUUCUUGCUCCCAGUUUGGAUGCUGGUGAAUUCCCUGGCUGUGCUUCUCCUCUUCCUCCUCCUCUUCUUUGUCUGGUUGUGAUCAGAAUCGAGAGAACAUGUUUGGGGGAGGCUUUAAUGGAGCCUUUUUUUUUGUUUUUUAUUUACUUUAUUAUUAUUGUUUACUGACCUUUUCUCCAGCGUUUAUAGGGUAUAUAUCUUUUAGCUCACUGGUUAUGGUUUAAUGAAAGGGCCGAGGGCCUUUUUAUAUUAGUAGUGAUGCACUGGUGCCACCUACAGUCAACAUCUUUUACUUACACCGUUCACGAGUGCCGCCUUGUUGUUUCAUAUUAGUUUUUUUUGUUUGUUUGUUUAAGUUUUUUUUUAAAGCUUGAUUUUUAACUGUUUUUUUAAUUAUCUGAAUAUAUAUGUACUCAUGUUUUUUUUCUUUUUUUUUUGGUUAUUUAGCUUGGUGUGUGUUUGUGUUUUUUUUCCCCGUCCUUUUCUCAGUUUGGUCUGAUCUGUUGGAUUGAGAUGUAUUUGUAAUAUUUCACUUGUUUUUGCUCGUUUUUGUCUGAGUUUGACCAGUUUUCUGUGCAGGAUUUUAACGCUGAACUCCACACAUUCUGCCUGUGAACCGCCUGAAGCACAGCAACAUGUUUAUUUUUAUUUUAGCAGGUUUACAGAUCUUUAAUUCGUGGUCCACUUCUUAUCUGAUGUUUGGACCAAAAGAUAUGUUUGGUUCCUGGUUAGAGCAGCCAUAGAUAUUCUGGGGUGUGACAUGUUUACCUAAAAAAAAAAAUCCCAGAGCCUUUUAUGAUGUGGAUUCAGCCAGUAAACUCGUCUCUUAUCUCUCUAAAGCUCUAUCUGGACGGGAUUAGUUUCUCAGGGGGACGUCAGUGAUAAAUAUUUCAUACUUUUACUAUAUAAAAGUGAUGAAACUCCUGCAUCCGGACUGCAGUUGUAAAAACAGAAGGACCAAUCCAUUUUUUUUAGGCUUUUUUUCUCGGUCACAUGGCAUUGCGGAGUUCAGUAGCUCCUCCAUUUCCACUAGCUGUUGUGUUUUUAACGUGGAUCUCCGUGGAAACCGUGGCGCACCCAAAAUGUAACUAUGGUGAGUGGCAGUGGACAAAUAUCUAUUUUAUUAAAGGCGAGGAGACGAAACUCAGAGAUGUGCGUCCGGACGGGACUAAAAUUACCGGAGGAGCACAGAGUUCAGAGAAGAACAGUAGAUAAUUCAGCCUGUAAUUUUUUGAUCUCAGAGGACGUCUGAGAAAAACACCUACAUGAUCGUUCUGGACAGGAAUAAAAUGACAGAGGAUAAAAAAAAAAACAUAAAAGAGAAAAUAACCCAGAACCCCCUGAGAAACUAAUCCCAUCCGGAUAGUGCUUUAGAAGAAAGUCUGAUUCUCACAUUUAUUCUGUUUGUUUAUCUUAUAAGAACGUAUAAGUUUAACACACCUAGAUAGACCUUCUGGUUUGUGCUGAGGUGUUUCACUUCUAAUAAUAAACACCAAUCAGCCAUAACAUUAACACCACCUUAUUGGUUUUACACCUUCUGUCUAUAUCUCAUCAGCUCCACUGAUCACAUAAAGGACACUUUAUAGUAGGUUGUAUAAUAAUUACAGAAAAACGCAGACGUAAACAGCUCUGGAAAAGAACUAAGAAACCACAUCAGUUUCUCUGAUUUUGCUAUUUAUAGGUUUAUGUUUGAGUAAAAUGAACAUUGUUGUUUUAUUCUAUAAACUACAGACAACAUUUCUCCCAAAUUACAAAUAAAUAUAUUCGCAUUAAGAGCAUUUAUUUCUAGCAGAAAAUGAGAAAUGGCUGAAAUAAAAAAAAGAUGCAGAGCUUUCAGACCUCAAAUAAUGCAAAGAAAACAAGUUCAUAUUCAUAAAGUUUUAAGAGUUUAUUUGGUGGAAUAACCCAAAUGGUUUUUAAUCUCAGUUUUUGUUUUUAUGCAUCUUGGCAUCAUGUUCUCCUCCACCAGUCUUACACACUGCUUUUGGAUAACUUUAUGCUGCUUUAUUCCUGGUGCAAAAAUUCAAGCAGUUCAGUUUGGUGGUUUGAUGGUUUGUGAUCUUCCAUCUUCCUCUUGAUUAUAUUCCAGAGUUUUUUUUAGUGCGCUCUUAUUUGUAUUUUACAGAGCUGUUUGUGUAAAUAUCUUGAUUAUCCUAUUUUCGUAUUUUUAACAAUUGCAUUCAGUCAGUAAUUCAGUAAGUCAUUAUUAUAGAAUACAAAGUGCUGCUACUGUGUGUUUAUUGGAGCUGAUGAGAUGUUAUGAAGAUGAGUGGUGAGUGGUGUUAAUGUUUUGGCAGAUGGUUGGAGAAGGUCAGUGUGAGAGAGAGUUCACUACAGCGUGGUGAACUCCCGUCUGCAGCAUCUCCUGGUGCUCCCGUUCACUAUUCUGAUAAAGUGAACUGUGGUACAGCGUCUCGCUGACGAUGCCUCUGAUACUGUACGUCACUAGCGAUUAGCUAGCAACCGCACUGUUCCACGCUUACCUUGCACAAGCUGUCGUCCGUGGCUCCGCCCCCCGGCUGGGGGCGGGGCUGCUCUGAGAGGUUAGUAUUAAGCUCCACUAUAGGAAUAGGAUCGUGAUGCACAGCUGUGUGUGUGUGUGAAUAUGUUUACCCACAGUUAGGCCUGUCACAAUAACUGGACCUCGCUACUGUCCGUUAUAUUUUUCCUUAGGAAGGAGAGCUAGUACGCCACUUUUUAUUUUUUAUUUAGUAUAUUUAAAGUAUAUGUUUAUAUUCCGUUUAUAUUCCUAAGUCUGUAUAUUUCUUAUAUUCAAAAGCUCACUGCUCUUUAAAAGGGUGUAUUUGCAUUAUUAUGCUAUAAUAUUAUCAUUUUAAUAUAUUUAUAUUAAGUAAAAUGGUCUUUAAAUGACGAUAAUAUUGUUUGUUUAUCGCAAUUACUAGUGCAUCUCAAAAAAAUAUUAUUAGAAUAUCAUUGAAAAAGUUACUUCAUUUCAGUAAUUCAGUUCAAAAUGUGAAAAUUAUAUUUUAUUUUAUGUUUUGUGUUUUGUUCUUUUAUUGUUUAUUAUUUUGGCGUACAGCCAAUGAAAACCCAAAAGUUAGUAUCUCAAAAAAUUAGAUCAUUAUUAAUAUUAAGACCAAUUAGUACUUUUUGGAGAUGCAGAUUUCAUUUUCCAGCAGGUCUUGGCACACUGCCAAAAGUACCAAUUGGUCUUAUAUAAUAUUCUAAUUUUCUGAUACACUGAUUAUUUUGUUUUAAUUGGCUGUAAUCCAUUAUCAUUAAUCAAAAUAAAAAAAUAAACGCUUAAAAUAUAUCACUUUCUAUGUGUAAUACAUCAUAAAUAUAUAAUAUUUAUUAAAGUUUCACAUUUUCAACUGAAUUACUAAAAUAAAGUAACUUUUAUUAUUAUAUACUUAAAUUAUAAUAUAUAUAUAUAUAUAUAUAUAUAUAUAUAUAUAUAUAUAUAUAUAUUUUUUUUUUUUUAGAUGCACCUGUAUAUUUGGGACAAUAUAUCGCCCAAACAAAAACUAUUAAAAAUUAGCAUAUUAUUGUUGCAGGCCUAAGUUAUUGUGACAGGCCUUCCCACAGUGCACUGCAGCACCUGUGGAACAUCAGUACUGUCUGUACGGUGUUGAAGGAACCAGUCCCCAGGUUCAGUCCCCGCUGAGCUGAUCUGAGGUCAGUCUUUGCCUUUCAGCCCAAACUGUAGUCGGUUCUACUGUAAGAAUCGUGUUGAUUUGAAGACUUGAAUCUUCCUGGUGGAUUUGGAUGAGCUCAAGGGGGCGCGGUUUUAUUCUAGAUGGCUUUGCAGCUGCAGGGAGUGAAUGGAUGAACCAGCACUCCUCCAGGCUGCGCUUUUAUCUGAACACGUUUCCAUCAUUUGUACUGUAUUUAGCAUUUUUUUAUGAUUUAAUAACAUUUUCCAUUUCUUUUAUUCAUGUUAUUCUUAGUGUAAACAUUCUAUACAUUCUAUGCAUCGCUAUCGUCUGUCUUUUUAAUCCCAAAUCCGUCUCCAAUCUGUCACUUUUACUCGUA